UACAACUAUGUCAGAACUUAAAAAUUCCCACUUCUGGAUAGAUUUUGGAGGAUAGACGUACUAUGCAGAGUCUUUACUGCUAGACUUGACCCAAACCCUGUUGUAGCUCUUUUUGGGGUCCUUGAAAACCAACAAACUCUUAACACUUUCAAUAAACUCUUUAUUUUUUGCCAUGCUUCUGGCUGGUCGGUCUAUCUUACUCAGAUGGAAAGAUGCUUCUUCUCCCUCACACCUACAGAGGCUGCAGGAUGCGGAUGUCAUGUCUUGUCUAAAGUUAGAAAAAAAUCAGAUGUUCAUUCAAACAAACCCCUGGCACUUUGAAGAUAUAUGGGGCCCAUUUCUGCAAGCAUUUCCUGCAUUGUGGAAAAAAAUGAAAUGGUUCUGUAGGCCUUGCGUUGCUAAACUGAGAUCUGGGUUUAAAUUAAGGGGCUAUCCAUGUAGUGACGGGUGGGUGGAACGUUUAUUAUUUUUUUAAUGUGUUUGCUUGUUUUGUGUUUAUUUUGCAUUCUACCCAAACAGUUUUGUACAAAUGUUUACAUGCUUAUUGUUAGUAAGUGUAUUUGUUUACGGCUAUAAACAGGAAUGACUCUGUAAUGUACACAUUACUUGUUUGAAUGUGAAAAAAAAAUUGUUAAAAAUGUGUACAUUAUUGAUCAGAGGGGUGUUUGUGUGUGUGUGUGUGUGUGUGUGUGUGUGUGUGUGUGUGUGUGUGUGUGUGUGUGUGUGUGUGUGUGUGUGUGUGUGUGUGUGUGUGUGUGUGUGUGUGUGAGCUCCAAAAUACACCUUCUGAGAUGUCUAGAAGCCACUUUAUGAUUACCUGGAGGCAGCAGAUGGCUGGAACUCUUAUUUUGAAAAGCAACUGCUAAAUUAAGAAAUCGAUUAUUUCAAAGUAAAGGUUCAGAGAAAUAUCACGAUACUCUAAAAUAAAUACUCAGAAGUACAGCUAUUAUUAAUAUUAUUACUGUUGUGGUUUGGACACGUGACUCUGCGGGUCCCUCGGGUCUGACGUAACCACCCCCGUUCCUUUUUGAGUCCAACAUUGGAGUGAGGAGCAGAUGGGUACCGAGGCCAUCCACAUCCUCACCGAAACCAGCGCACAACGAUCCGUCACCGCAUUCCAGACCUGAGCGAGGAGGAGGAGGAGGAGGAGGAGGAGGUGCUACUGGAGGAGGAGGAGGAGGAGGAGGGGGAGGUCUCGCGCUCCUCUCCACCAGCGAUGGGUUAAGGAGGAGGUGUUUGAGAACCAGAGCACAUCUCCUUCUCCGGGAUUAGAGGACCGCAUCCGCCGCUCCUGCCCCCGCCGCAGAUGAAACAUGAAGACGCCGCAUCGCGCUGCGGCGGCAGCUGCUGCUCGUUUCUACCGGAGCUGAAACGGAAAACAUGACAGAGGACACGCGCCCCGACGAUGAUAGCUACAUUGUGCGUGUCAAAGCAGUAGUGAUGACAAGAGAUGAGUCCAGCGGGGGCUGGUUAGCUCAAGAUGGCUGCCUCAGCAGAGUGGGUGUGUGCAGACUACUGCCGCACGGAGCGCUGGGACACAACACCUUCCUCAUCCGCGGAGAGCGCCUCAAAGACCGACAGGUGAUUCUGGAGUGCAUCCUAAAGAAGGACUUGGUCUACACGAAGGCCACUCCCACUUUCCAUCACUGGAAGGUCGACAACAGGAAGUGUGGUUUGACAUUCCAAAGCCCAUCAGAUGCUCGGACGUUCAACCGUGGAGUUAGGAAGGCUCUGGAGGACCUGACAGAAGGGUCGACCACGUCCUCAUCAACGCUGCAGAAUGAGGCGGAGCUUGGUGACGAUGACGUCUUCACGACUGCGACAGACAGCUCCUCCAACUCCUCUCAGAGGAGAGAGACGUUCAGUGAACCCCGUCGGCACCACUGUAUUCUGGAGCACUUCUCUGAACAGCACCGGCCCCUGGACCCCUACGCUCUUAAUCGAGCACUUCACAUGUUUCCUCAUCGUGUCAGCUUCCCUGUGGAAGAAGAGGAAAUCGUAUGUAUUAACCCUCCCAAGCGGACCUGGGUCACUGGCUAUGAGGACUACCGACACGCCAAUCCAGCGCGUGACCAUCUGGUGCAGCCAUACAACCCUGAUGCCUGCGUACAUUUCACCAAGAGUGAACCACCGAAACGUGACUACACCUAUCCGUACCCGCUAGGCUGUAAUGUGCAGCGGUAUGAUGGUAAACACGGUUGCCUGGAGCGGGCUGGAGGUCACAAGUCAAUGGUGAUGCUGCCACCAUGGGCCCUUCCAGCCAAACACAAAUGGCAACUGGAGGACUCAAAGCAUCUUCGCUGUGUCUACUGUCAGGACAUGUUCAGCCGCGAGGACAAUGGGCGUGGCCACUGCCAGGAGGCCCCUGACCCCGUCCAGACCUGCAUCCGACGAGUAAGUUUUAUGUGGUGCGCCGACAGUCUGCUGUACCACUGCAUGUCGGACCCAGAGGGGGACUAUAUAGACCCGUGCUCCUGUGAUACCAGUGACGAACGUUUCUGCCUACGCUGGACGGCUUUGAUAGGCCUGUCCCUGGUGGCGCCCUGCAUGUGCUGCUACGCCCCCCUCAGGGCAUGUCACCGCUGUGGCGUGGCCUGCCACUGCUGUGGCGGCAAACACAAAGCUGUGGGCUGAUGAGUCACAGGCCCCACCCACUCCACAAGGACCACAACAAACGGUUGCUAAGAAUUUUUUAUUGAUGUUGUUCUAAUUCCUAGAAGUGAAACUUUGUACAUGCUGAUAACAUUUUUUUUCUGUUACUGAGGACCAAAUAUCUAAAAAAAUAAUAAUUUCAGCAUAAACAUAAACCUUGUGUGUAUAGAUAUGUGUAUAUUAUACCUGUUGGAUUUAUUGAGAUGAAAAAUGAACAUGAUGUUUGUGCCUUUAAAAGUAAUAAAAGAAACUAUCUACCUUCUGUUCCA